GGGCUGGCACACUUAAGGGUGUGUUUACCCUGCUUUGUGCCACACACCCGUCAACUCAAGGAACUAAAGAGGAAAUCUAACUUAAAGUGUUGUAUGCAACUGGCCGCUCAGUUUUAAAAUUAGAGAAAAGUCUUGAAAAUGUUCUGCAUAGGCAAUUACUAAAACAGAUUUUUAAAAAUACUUAAUUAUCAUCAUAAUACUAAUGCGAAUCUUUAAUAAUCUCGUGUGGAAAGGAAUGAAGUUCAGUAGCUCAGUGGUUAGAGUGCUGGGCUGCAGUGUGGAAGGGAAGCGGGUUUGAGGAGCUCAUCCCAGGCUCCUUUGCUAAGCAGUAACAAUGCGUACGAUUGGGUGUUUUCUCUUACCCAUGAGCCUUUAGCAAGAGCUGAUGUUGUGGGGUGGCACCGGUUACCAGGGCAGCAGCAGGAAGCGUCAGUGCAACGGCAGGAACAGGAUCAGGGCUGUGCAGAAUGGCAGGCACUGUUCUGGGAGUGGGGAUCGGCGUGUUUCUCAUUGCACUCAUUUGGAGCGUGGCGCUGGUUCUUUGCUUGCUGCUCUCCAGGGCUUCUGGACCGGCCAAGUUUGCUGUGAUCCCAGUGUUUCUCAUUGCUCUCAUCAUCACUCUGGUCCUCAUCUUCUUCCCACGGGCCUCUGAGACACCGUCUACAGUCACACAAGUGGUGAUUGUGGAUACCUUCUUUAUCGGACGUUAUUUCCUGGUGUCAAUCCUGGGUGUGAUUUUCCUUGCCAGUCUGUUCCUGGUGCUGCCUUUCCACAUGCUGGAGCCAGUCUAUGCCAAACCACUGCGGGCACGCUAGGGGCACAGCCAGGGAAAGGCACAAGCUCAUACAGACAGCAGCAGUUAGCUCUGUCUGUAAGGUACAGACUGGCCCAUGUGUAAAGUCAUUUGCUGAGAAUUGACCAUUCAGCAGUCUCCCUUUCUCUGCUCCCCUUAGCAUUGGGUACUCCAAGUAACACAGUCACCAGAAACUGUGUAUCCUCUGUAGAUUUUUUCAUAUGCCUACUUCUCUUAUGUGUUUAUUUCUGUGUGAUCAUUUUACUGUUUAAAAGUUAAAAAAUGAUAAAAUGAUAUUGAGGAGCACUUAAUACCCACAGACCAACAAUGGAGGGGAGUUUUGUUGUUCCAGGACUAUUUUACUACUUUUGUGCUUACAGUUAAUACAUGUUUUAAUGUAAUGUUUUUAAACAUAUUUUAUUUGAUUAUUUUGUAUUUUAUACAUGGUGGGUUUAUAUAUAUAUAUAUAUAUAUAUAUA